AUGAAUGUUGAGCUAAAUGUGAACUCGCCGGAGCCUGAGAAUUUCGUCAGUAAUUUUACCUACGAAGGUGCAGUGUCCCGCCAUGACGGACCGCGCUGGGAUAUGGUCGAUUGGUCCAAUUUUUGCAUAUCCUGUGCACUCGAAAUAGGUGAUAAAUCUCCUGAUGACAACAUUGAGCGCUGGCUGAAGCAUUAUCGAGCGUUAUACCUGACCCCAGAAGGUGCUGAAAUAAGCGGUAUAAAUGUGGCACAGUUGUGUUGGAGAGAUGCAGAUUAUUUUGGCUCUGAAAAGAUGAGCUCUUGGUAUGGAAUAGUCCAGAAGAAGCCAGCCGAAGCUGUGGUUUUCCAUGACUCUGUCAAAACAUUCCUAAAUAUGGCAGGCAAGACGUGCAUUGGGAGGGUACACUUCAUCAAAACGGAAGAAUUUGUCCCUUAA